CAUGGGGCCAGGGUUCCUCAGAGAUGCUAAUUUAACUGGCCUGGGGUUUGGCCGGAGUGUUUUGGUUUUCUGAAUCCCUGGAGAUGCAGCCUCUCCUGAGAACAUCUGCUCCGUCGCCACCGGAGGCAAAGCGGACCCCAGUGUUGGCUUCCUUCCUCCCGCUGGCUCCUGACCCCAGCCAGGGUGGGCGGUGCUGCUCUUUGGGCGACAUGGGUAGGCCCUGAGGUGGGGCCGGUGUCCUUAAGCGCGGAGUGCCCUGGACGGCGGAGUGUGCCGGUGUCCUGGUCGUUCUCCCGCGUGUGGGCUGACUUGUGCCGAGACACUAAAACAGAAGUUCUAAUGAGACUUUUCCCCUAGUGCAGACUCUUUACUCAAGAGUUUUCUGGUUUUCUUUUUCUUUUUGUUGAAUAGUUUCCUAAUUCGGGAAAUAGUCUUUUUUUAGAGCUGGGCUUUAGUCAGAACAUUUCAUGGAUUCAGAAUGUGUGUUUCUCGGCGGCAAGCGUUUGUCUCCUCUCGUUGUGUAGUUUCCUGUGAAGAAGUGUAGCACAGAUGUGAAUCCACUUAAGUUGUGGGGUCACAUGGAAGCCCGUCGGUGGGCAGGUUCGGCCAACCAGACACUUCCUGGUAUCCAAGUAAGAAAGAUAUAUAGUUCUGGAAUAACAGGAAGCUGCAGCUUUCAGCAUCCUGUUUUUCUGGGUUUUGUGACUUGCUGCCUCACCACAAUGAAGACAUUUGAUGCAAAUGAUUUGUAUCAGGGGCAGAAUUUUAACAAGGUCCUCAGUUCCUUAGUGACUCUAAACAAAGUAACAGCAGACAUCGGCCUGGGAAGUGACUCCGUGUGUGCCCGGCCCUCAUCUCAUCGGAUAAAGUCUUUUGACUCCCUGGGAGCCCAGCCUUCGCACAGUCGGACUUCAAAAUUGUUCCAGGGCCAGUAUCGAAGUUUGGACAUGACCGAUAAUAGCAACAGCCAACUGGUUGUGAGAGCGAAGUUUAACUUCCAGCAGACCAAUGAAGACGAGCUCUCCUUUACGAAAGGCGACAUCAUCCACGUCACGCGGGUCGAGGAGGGCGGCUGGUGGGAGGGCACGCACAAUGGCAGGACCGGCUGGUUUCCCAGCAACUACGUGCGGGAGGUCAAGCCCAGUGAAAAGCCUGUGUCUCCUAAAUCAGGAACGUUGAAGAGCCCUCCCAAAGGAUUUGAUACUACUGCCAUUAACAAGAGCUAUUACAACGUGGUGCUACAGAAUAUUUUGGAAACUGAAAAUGAGUAUUCUAAAGAACUUCAGACUGUGCUUUCUACCUACCUGCGGCCUUUGCAGACCAGCGAGAAGUUAAGUUCAGCAAACAUUUCAUAUUUAAUGGGAAAUCUAGAAGAGAUAUGUUCUUUCCAGCAAAUGCUUGUACAGUCUUUAGAAGAAUGCACCAAGUUGCCAGAAGCUCAGCAGAGAGUUGGAGGAUGCUUUUUAAAUCUGAUGCCACAGAUGAAAACCUUGUACCUCGCGUAUUGUGCCAACCACCCGUCUGCAGUGAACGUUCUCACGGAGCACAGCGAGCAGCUGGGAGAGUUCAUGGAGACCAGAGGCGCCAGCAGCCCGGGGAUCCUGGUGCUGACCACCGGCCUCAGCAGACCGUUCAUGCGCCUGGACAAGUACCCCACGUUGCUCAAGGAGCUGGAGAGACACAUGGAGGAUUAUCAUCCAGAUAGACAAGAUAUUCAAAAAUCCAUGACUGCCUUCAAAAACCUCUCAGCGCAGUGUCAGGAGGUGCGGAAAAGGAAGGAGCUGGAGUUGCAGAUCCUGACAGAAGCCAUCCGGAGCUGGGAGGGAGAUGACAUCACGACCCUGGGCAGCGUCGUUUACAUGUCCCAGGUCAUGGUCCAGUGUGCCGGGAGUGAGGAAAAGAAUGAGAGAUACCUUCUGCUCUUCCCGAAUAGUUUGCUGAUGUUAUCUGCCAGUCCUAGGAUGAGUGGUUUUAUCUAUCAGGGAAAGCUACCAACGACAGGAAUGACAAUCACAAAGCUUGAGGACAGUGAAAAUCAUAGAAAUGCAUUUGAAAUAUCAGGGAGCAUGAUUGAGCGGAUCCUGGUGUCCUGCAACAACCAGCAGGAUCUGCACGAGUGGGUGGACCAUCUCCAGAAGCAGACAAAGGUCACCUCUGUCGGCAACCCCACCAUCAAGCCCCAUUCUGUGCCGUCUCACACCCUCCCCUCUCAUCCGAUCGCGCCAUCCGGCAAGCACGCAGACAGCAAGCCGGCACCCCUGACGCCUGCCUACCACACGCUGCCCCACCCCUCCCAUCACGGCACUCCGCACACCACCAUCAACUGGGGGCCUCUGGAGCCUCCGAAGACCCCCAAGCCGUGGAGCCUCAGCUGCCUGCGACCUGCCCCGCCCCUGCGGCCUUCCGCUGCUCUCUGCUACAAGGAGGAUCUUAGUAAGAGUCCCAAGACCAUGAAAAAGUUGCUACCUAAGCGCAAGCCUGAGCGGAAGCCUUCAGAUGAAGAGUUCGCCCUGAGGAAAAGCACAGCUGCUUUGGAAGAAGACGCGCAGAUCCUGAAAGUCAUCGAAGCUUAUUGCACAAGCGCCAAAACGCGGCAAACGCUCAAUUCGACAUGGCAAGGCACUGACCUGAUGCAUAAUCACGUCUUGGCUGACGACGACCAAUCAAGUCUAGACUCCUUGGGUCGUCGCAGUAGCCUUUCCCGUUUGGAGCCCUCAGACCUCUCGGAAGACUCUGACUAUGACAGUAUAUGGACAGCCCAUAGUUACAGAAUGGGUUCUACAUCUCGCUCACGCAAAGAAUCUGCUCCACAAGUUUUGCUUCCAGAGGAAGAGAAAAUCAUAGUUGAAGAAACUAAGAGUAAUGGUCAGACAGUGAUAGAAGAAAAGAGUCUUGUGGAUACUGUCUACGCGUUAAAGGACGAAGUCCAAGAGUUAAGACAGGAUAACAAAAAGAUGAAGAAAUCUCUGGAGGAAGAGCAGAGAGCCCGCAAGGACCUGGAAAAGCUGGUGAGGAAAGUUCUGAAGAACAUGAAUGACCCUGCCUGGGAUGAGACCAACCUCUGAGGAGCAUCCUUGCCUCUUCCCAGCGAGGAGACCAGGCCCGGGUGAACACACGGGACCGCGGGGGCAGGGCUGGACAAAAGUCAUCUUGCUUUCUGUGCACAGGAAAGCUGGAAUUGAUCACACAAAUAGAAAUGGUUGCACUGUUCCUGAAGAAUCCACACGUGAGGUGUAGACCCUGAGGGCGGAACUGCAGUAAUUUUACUCUGUUAACAUCUCAAUUACCUCAUUUUGCAAUAAGUGCAGUGACUACAAAUCCUGGUGUUUCAGGCUUUUAUUGAGUAUAUAUAAUUACACGUGUUUCUUGUAAAUACUCCAUUUUGAAUGCACAUCCAUGGUGGUUCCAUCUGGGCUGAUCACCUGCGCUAGAAUUCCCUUCCCACUAACCUUUCUGGUCCUGUGAACAAGAUGUGCUCAUGGAAAGCAGGGGCGUUAAAGGUGCCUGGUACUUUGCUGGAUGCCUGGUUUGCUCUCUAUAGUCCCCACGUGCUCUAAAAAGACCUUCUGCUUUGGUAGGCCUAAGUAAUUAACCUUAUUUGUGUCUGCAAAGAUACCUUAAUACCCUCGAAAGUCUUCUGUUAAAGCCGUUUUGUGUCACUGACAUGUGGUGGGCCUGAGUGAGGUGCCCGGGCUGAGUGAGAGAGACGCCAGCUUCAACCACAGAUCCCAGGAGGUCCCCACACACUUCCAUGUCCAGCUGCUGGUGUCCGCGCCUUUCUGCCUCUGGAGAACGGCGGCCCGUCAGCGUGCAUUCACUGCGCUGGGGAGAGCAGACUUUCUUAUAUAGGCUGGUUUAAUAACAUGAAAAAGUGCACUGUUGUGUCUUGCCCACGAGAGAAAGCUUCACAAGAACCUGUAAAUAAACUAUUAUUUAUUACGUAUCUCUGAGGCCGAUGAAGGCACACCAGGGAUGCUGUGGGCUGACAUGGCAGGUGGCGGUUGGGAGUUGUCAGGCCACUUUGAGCUCUGUUCACCAGCAGCAUGCAACGAGCCUUCAGUGCUCACUGGGAAAAAGAAAUGUUUCCCCCUUUCAGUGAGAAUAAAGCAAUAUAAAUCCCGCCAAAGCGAUGAAAGUUUAAAUGUGGGUUCAUUUCCCCCUGUACCUCCACAGCAGAGGAGACAGGCAGCCUGCCCAGCCCCAGCUCUGCUGGCCUCUCUGGGCAGGGACGCGGGAGCCUCAGAGCCCCUGGGCAGGAACCGUGGCCAUGGAGGCAGGAUGCCCACAUUAUGGCAAUGGCUCUCUGCUCCCCUCUUCUCAAGAGGUCAGCUUUAAUCGAGAGAAACUUUUUCACAGAACCAGUGUUAGGUCUUUCAAAACAGCAGUAUCUCUGUGCAUUACAGACUUCUCAGAAAUACCUGUGUGGCCUCAGGAGUGACUUGGGCCUCGCGAUCUGUGGGUCAAGCCACCCUGUAAGGGCUUCGGGAUCUUCUGAUGCCUUUGAACUGGGUGGCUUUGGAACCUGGCUUUCUGCUCCUCCAGGCUCCUGCUGAGCACUGUGCCCCCCUCCACCCCCAUCUGCUGCUGGAGGACAGUGGCUUGAGCUUGGCCCUCCUGGCUUCGUGCCCAGCAGGUGUGUCUGUGGCUCAGCAUUGACCUGCCCAUGUGUGGCCUUUCCAGUAGAAUUGCCAACUUCUUGCACUUAGCAUUUUGUUCACCAGAGCUAGGACUAGCAGGGAGAGCCUGUUUUUUGGUAGGCCCUAUUUCACAGGAGUUUUUGGUGACGCAGAAGACCUUUCUUGCAGUGGGAGACACGUUGGAGUGUGCCCAAGUGUGCAGCCUUGAACUCAGGGACGGCCUCUGUCCCCUGCUCUCUCCACCUGUUUCUGAUGGGCGAUGUUGCUGGCAGCAUCCCAGGAGGGGUCUCUCGCCUGCCUUAGCCUCACCGAAGCCUUGAGUGACACCUGUUUCUUCCCCAUCCCUGCCCUGAGGGGAGAGGCCCAUUCUCUCCUCUUCUCGCAGAUCCAUGAUUUCACUAAGCUUUUUAGGGAGCAGAGAAAAUGCAUCUGAGAGCAGUUCUUUCUACAGACCUUCCUUAUUGUAAAUAGGUUGUUUACGUUUCUCUGACCUUCCAAGGGGCUGGGGGUUGAAAGGCGCCCUAUUUACCCCAAGGGCGAGGACACGACACACUUAAGUUCUGCACGAUGUUGAGAUGUGGGUCAGACACCGUCCUUUGUGCUCGUGGCGUCUGCCUCCACGCGCACCAGGCGCUGGGACGUUGGGCGCCUUCAGCUGUGUGUGCACUUCCCGCUGCCCUCCCACCCCAUUUCUCUAGGACACACAGCAUCCCUGGUGACUGUUGUGGGGCCAUGUCCUGUAAAUGCCACAGAGUGUCCUGGCAUUGACUAUUCCUUCUACAUCGUUGUAAUUAUUAAACUGACUUUCCUUAAGUUACAAUAUCACUUUAUCUUC